AUAACGACACUCUGCGUACAGAUGAACUCCAACAAUACAAUUUUGUCCCAGGGCUUCAUUUCAUUUUUUCUCGGUAUAUUGCAUGGUAUGAUAGCAAGUAACGCUCUCGACGUGUGUUAUAGGCACAGACCUUAUCUCACAGAACGUACGCGAUGUUGGAAAACAGCGGCUGCUAGCAACUUGUAUGCAUUGUGAAAUAAUCAAUACCAAAUCGAUCUAGCUGUUCAAAACGACACCCAAAAUUCAACGGAUCUGUGCAUUUGGACCCUCUGUGGUAUAUACUAAUCCGCUUUUCUUUUCUACCCUCUUGAUCCAAAUCGAAGAAUUCUCGCAAGGACAAGUUGACGAUGCCAAAUUCACUUCAUAAGAUGCCAGUUUUUGUAUCGAGCAGCAGCACUAGUGGUAGCAGCCGAUUUCGCCAGGCACGGAUGAGGUUUCUCCCCCGAAAGAUGUGGCGGAUUCGGAGGGCUCUAAAUGCCCAUUGGAGAGCGAUCACGGUCUCUGUUUUAACCCUCACCACAUUAUAUUUUGUUUUCACGAUCAGGAAAAAGGCUAUAAACUCCACAAGGCGGAAUUAUGGAGACAUACCCGGCUUCCACAGAGACAGUAGUCGAAUAGCAGAUAUGUUUUUCAAUCCACCGGAAGAUGAGUUCGACAAAGAAUUUCGAGACAAAUCCAGAUUGCCGCCCUCUGUUGAGACGAUGGAGGAUUUUCCCAAGCUUCAUACGGGGGACGCACUCCUAGGUUACUUCCUGACCAUGUACGUAGAUGGUAUGGAGAUUACAUGGUCCAGUGCCGUUAACAGCAGAAGUCUUUUAUUUCAAGCCAUGCAAGAUUACAUGUUAAUGAUGGUUGAAACCGACGUCAGAGUGAAGUGGACUGAUGAGAAAAAGAAGACUAAUGGCUCUGUUCUCGUAGCUCCUAAUCCUACGAAACUCAACGAGGACAGCGUAUCUCUGCAACGUUAUCUCUAUUUCCUAUCCAGAUACUCGAAUAAAGGAGUGCAAUUGAACUUCCCGGAUAUCGAAACCGCUCGGUUAGCUUUACCGCAGUUGAAAGAAAUGAAGAGCAAGAUUCAUGCGCCGGUUUGGUUGCACGCAGAUAUCCUUCCGGGUCCGAAUCUCGCUGAGGUGCCGGUUGAUCCGGGCCAGUUUAUCACUCUGGUUCACAGUAACUUUCCGAGUUCGACGCUCAUGCUUGGAUGGGCAACGAGCUGGAGUCCGGAUGCGCCGCAGAUCCGAUAUUCGUGGUAUAAUGUGAUAGAAAUGGCGAAGACUUGUGCGGGAGCCAAUCUACCGGUUUCAUUCGCUGUCCGAGUGAUUUAUGCGCGUAAAUCCAUGCGGCAACUUCGGUUUCUUCUCAGUCUUACAUCACGGUUCUCGAUAACUGUUUGGACCGAUGUUUACGACAUCAUGCCUCUACCGGAUUUGGUUCACUUCAGGAAGAACAUGGAUCCGAAACGGAUACAUUACAACUUGCCAGAAAACUUCAUGGAGAGUAUAAAGAAUGUCAACGGCCAACAACCGACACCGAUUGAUUCGGAUACCAAUCUCUGGAAUCGAAAUUUGUGGCAGCCGGUUUUGUUGGAUGACGUUGCGUUGGUUUUUCUGGGAACCGAGCAAGCCGUUUUGGAAGGAGAGGCAAGUUGGUUAGUUUCUAAAAUACCUUAUCAAGCGGAAUUGCAAUCUAAAGGAAAAACUGUAGUCGUUGAAGGUAAAUUACAAUUUUUGAGCCGAGAUUCAGCGAACGCCGUGAAAGGGGAAGCGGCUCGCAUCAUUAUCCGAUCAUCCGGUGUCAAUCCGCCAUCCCCGGAUAAAGUCCAAGGUGUGCAGCUAGUCGUCAGGCCAGACGGUUUCAUCGAGUUAUCAGAAAUCAACAUGCAACACUCCUCGUUGUACGAUUUACGGACAAGUGCGCAUUUACCACGAAACGACUGUUACGAAUUUAAAAUCGUCGACAGGGGAGAAGAUUACCCAAUAUUUUGUGAAGUGAAGUUAUUAAAAUGCGAAGAAGAGGAUGGAGAUUUAGAACCUCUCUCAGUAUCCUUACAUUUUAAAGUACCAUACGAGGCCGAAAUUCAGAAGUACUAUGUUGCAGUCAACACAAUCGGUGGAAAACAGCCCUUAGUUAUUGAAAAUUUGGUCGUGUACUCAUAGGACACUACGACCCGACGUCGAUGCCUGAAAUGGUUGUAAAGUUUUCAAACUUUCAAACCUCAACUCUAUUAUUUUUCCAGGAUGCUUCGAACAAAAUGCAGUACUAGUUGUCUUCCAAAGAAUAUUUACUCCAAGCUUACAAUGAAAUUGGCUGUGUUUUUGUUUUGAUUAAAAUCUAGAAUGAGGUAAUUAAGAAGGUAGUAUA